AUGAGGCAUCUAAAUCUGAAUCGAAGACAAGCAUGGAAAGUGUUGCUUGUGGCAUUCUUGUCGGCACUUCAGGUGGAAGGAUGGAGUCCGUCGAAUCAGAAUCAUGGCGUAUCCUCCUUCAGUUCUUUUCUGGCGCCGUCAGUUCGCAAAUCCAUCCAUCCUUAUCUUCAUUCACGACAAAGGACGAGGUCGCCAUAUGCAGUUCCACUGUUCUCUUCGGCGUCACCUGCUGUGAACUGGGAAGGAAAUCAGACGAUACAAAUCAGCAACAGCAAUAGCAAUCUAUCUCCUGCUGAAGACGACCAGUCAAAAUCAGAAACCACUACGGGUGAUCAUGCCAAUACUCCCAAGACGAGCGGAUAUGAUCUUGGUAUAGGCAAAAAUCUGCCGGUGGGAUCGGAUCAAGUCAAUACGGAAGAGGAUGCAGACGACAAACUUCAUUGGUAUGCUCCAGAACCCAUUCGAAAGCCUGGCAUGAUGAUGAAGCAGAAGAAUAUGGAGAAGACGACAAAUGAGGAACCCACAGUGAGUUCGUCUAAAACUCCAUCAGUCGACAGACGAAAUCGCAAAGGUCGGACGACCCGAAAAAUGGUAGCUCGAAGGGAGGAAGAUCAAAUACUGCGUGGUGCUCUAUGGCACGAAGAUCAUUUCGACGACAAUCCCCAAGCACCCAACGAACAUUACGUGGUGGCUGGAGAGGUGAAACCCACUCAAGGUGGGGUCCAAGAUGACACCACUACAAAUCAUGAAGAGGAUGAGAACAGUCCACGGCAACCGGCACUCUUUUAUCCAGACAUUGACUUGUCCAUUCCAGAAUCUGUCUAUUCCAAUUCCACAGACGUCGUUUGGGAUCUGAUGCGGUGGGAAGCCUACCAAGAAGCCCAGCGAGAGCCAUUGCUGGUCAGCUUUUUGUAUUCGAGCAUUCUGAACCACGAUUCUUUGGAAUCUAGUUUGGCCUUUUUACUAGCCAACAAGAUUUCCAGUCCGGCCAUGAUUUCGACACAAGUCCAGUCGUUGGUCAAGGAAGCCUUGCAGCUGGAUCCGUCGGUUGGCCGUGUCAUUCGUGCCGACAUCAUGGCGGUCCGUGAUCGGGAUCCUGCUUGCACCUGCUUACCCGAUGUCUUUUUGUACUUUAAGGGCUUUCAAGCCUUGCAAACCUAUCGAGUGGCCAACAUUUUGUGGGCCAAAAAGGGCAAAACGGUAUUGGCACAUUACUUGCAAUCGCAAAUGUCCCAAACCUUUCAAAUUGACAUCCAUCCGAAUGCUACCUUGGGUUCCGGAAUCAUGCUGGAUCAUGGAACGGGUAUUGUUAUUGGAGAAACAGCUCGAGUGGGACAUAAUUGCAGUAUUCUACAUCAUGUGACACUUGGUGGAUCUGGAAAGAAGGGUGUGGAUCGACAUCCAAAGAUUGGACAAGGUGUCUUGUUGGGAGCCGGUGCGAGUGUGAUUGGUAAUAUCAACAUUGGUGAUGGUUGUCAGGUUGGUGCUGGAACGCUAGUGAUCAGUGACCUACCGCCCCAUUCCGUGGCAGUCGGUGUGCCGGCCAAGAUUAUCGGUAGCUUUGUCGAUGUCACAAAGCAGCCUUCCAAUGUAAUGAAUCAAAUGAUGGACACUGGAUUCACGAUCAAUCCAUUUCAAUCGGAAGGCAUCUAG